AUGGUGAUGCCCAUGAUCUCAUCGCCCAAGGCCUUUCUUCAGCCGCGUGGCGCUCACGGUGGUGGUGAAGGUGGCGAAGGGGGACGGGGUGGAAGUGGCGGCUCUGGCGGAGGAGGCGGAGAAGGGAGUGACGGGAGCACGGGUAGGGGGAUGCCAGUCGAGGGUUCCACUGGCAGCAAAGGUGUUACAGCGUCCUCUAAAUCGAAAGGUGGAGGACACCCCCAUAAGCUCGGCAAGAACUCUCCGUUCAAGGGCAGGUUAGCAGGUGGGGGCACCAGGGAUGAAAUUGUAGGAACCUCGCGGUACGGCAGCGGCUGGCCUUACGGCGGCACUGGCACUUUCGUGGAUCAACGACCGCUUCCCUUCAUCUUCUGGCCUAUCGCGAUUCAUCAUGGAUAUUAUGGGGGCGAUAUUUACUACCGGGAGUCUCAGCGACCCGGGGGAAACACCUCGACCAUGGCCAUACCGUCUCCCGACAAUGCCACUGUGAUUUACCGCGUCACUGGGGAUUACAUGUCCGUGAGCGCGAUAUUCGACGCGCUCGAGCUCAACUGCCUGCCCGGCAACGGUACGUACAGUAUCGCAACGUUCGGCGGGUUCAACAACGACAGCGACACGGUCUUCCCAAAACCCGAGCAAGUGGUGCAAUGGUAUCGCGCCUCGUCUUUUGCGCUCUCGCUGGACGGAUACAACAACUCUGCGGCGCUGCAGUCGCGGAUGCCGGCCAACUCGACGGAUAACUCGACGCUGAUUCCGCUAAGCGAGGAUACCCCGCUACCGCCCUACAUCAACUCGACUUUCCUCACUUGCUUGAACCAAACAAUCGCGCAGAACCUACCGCUGAUCAAUCCGAAACACCAUCACCUUUCUGCUGGAGCCGAGACUGGCAUCAUCUUCGUCGGCUCACUUGUUGGUUUCGUGGCACUGAUCCUCUUGUGCUCUACUACUAACGGUGGUAGAGUGCUCCGCAAGUCGCAGGACCAACCUCGCCAGCAUGACCGUCCCAACAGGAACAGACGCGACCUGGAGCUUGAACAUUUGUCAAACGAGGUAGCGGAAUCUGUGCGCGAUGUUUCGAAGACCGACAAACAUGUCCCGCGCAACCCACUAGGUGUCCAGCUGCUGUCGCCAAGUCUACAUGAACAGACAUUUCGCGACGCCUGGCCCCGUCCUCCUCCCAAACAAUAUAUCCGCAUCGCCCGCGAACAUCUCGAAGCGCACGGUCUCGACCCCAGUCAGGGGUCGGUCCUCCCCGAUGUUUCGUUCACGCUCCCCCCUCUCUGGGGUGACAAUAUCGACGAGCACUUUCAUUUCAUCGGCAGCACCAUAUACCAACCCUGGAUCACCAUUGCUGAGGAUUUCGCCACGGAGAAGCUCCUUCCCAAGCCCGAACACUGGGAGCUGCAGCCGGGGUGGACCAAAUAUCACUACCGCGAAGACGGAUCGAGCUAUAGCGAGGCAGUCCCGUACCCGAUGCACGACGGCGAAGUGGAGAGAAUGCUGGUGUUCGACGUGGAGACGAUGCCUGAGUACUCGCCCUAUCCCGUCAUGGCCUGCGCCGCCACCCAGAAUGGGUGGUACGCGUGGAUAUCACCCUGGCUACUUGGGGAAUCAAAAGACCCUCAACAUCUCAUAACGUUCGGCGAGCCCGGAGAAGAACGCAUCAUCGUCGGGCACAACGUCUCGUAUGACCGUGCUCGCAUCGCCGAGGAGUACCGGCUCGAAGGCACCAAGACCCGUUUUGUAGAUACGAUGUCCCUCCACGUUGCCGUCAAGGGCAUUUCCUCCCAUCAACGGCCUGCUUGGAACAAGCACCGCAAGGCAAAGGACAAAGCGCGGGAGCAGAGGGAGGAGGCGAUGGAUACCGUCUUGCAGAUGCUGAGGGAUGCUAAAGAAGCUGAAUUGAAGGCAAAAGGCGAGGAGCGGGAGAGGCUGCGCCAGCUCAUAGCUGGUUUUGAGGAGAGCCUGCCCGCGCUGAACCGAGCGAUGCAAGAGGACCUCCCCGACGAGGCGGACUCCGGCAAUUCGGAUGAGGUGGAGACUAAGCGCUGGGAAGACCUCACUUCUGCCAAUUCGCUCGCGGACGUCGCUUCUCUAUACUGCGGUAUCAAGGUCGAGAAGGAGAUCCGGAGCGACUUUAUGACGCACUCGCGCGAGGAGAUCCUGGAGGGCGUUCAGGACUACCUCAACUACUGCGCGAACGACGUGGACGUGACUCACGCCGUGUACUCCAAGGUGCUCCCUGCGUUCCGGGAACGAUGUCCGCACCCUGUCUCUUUCGCGGGUAUCCUCACCAUGGGCUCGAGCUUCCUGCCGGUCAAUCAGGAGUGGGAACGGUAUCUCGAGAACGCGGAGAGGACGUACAAGGAACUCGAUGAUGGGGUGAAGAGCCGGCUCGUGGAACUCGCGGAGCAAGCUCGCGGUAUGGCGGAGACAGAAGCGUGGAAGGAGAGCCCGUGGUUAAGUCAGCUGGACUGGACUCCGAAGAAGGUGGGCGCUUCCAGAGGAAAUGGGGCGGUAGCAUCUACGUCGCAAACUAUGCGGUCUACGGAGCUCGAUACCCCAAAUAUCCCGGAGUCCGACACUCUACCUGCUUGGUACAAGGCAAUCAUCGAGGACGGCCCAAUCUCCAAGAAAGUGCUCAACCUCACCAUGCCAUACCUUCUUCGACUCCAGCUCGACGGCCGCCCGCUCCGCUACUCGACAACGCGCGGGUGGUAUUGUCGGCACCCCGAUGGUGAAAUCCAGCUCCCGGCAAAGCGCAGAAAGGUGUCGGCGUUCAUAGGGCCCACGAAUGGGCUGCCGUUGUUUGACAAUGGCCGUGUCACAUCCGACCGCGAGGGCUACGCUGAGCUUGCGCACGCGCUGGCCAAGGGAUAUGGAUCGCCCAUUUACUUGCGGCAGGUCCUGACGAUAGCAAAGGAGGCGCUUGCGGCUGGCCCUCCGACUAAACCGCGUUCCGCAGACGACGAAGACGCCGAUCCAUGGGAGCUGCUCGAUUGGACGGCGAAUGGACCUAGAUCUACCCGAGAUUCGAAAAAAUCUAAAGAAAAACCUAAAGCUGACAAAGUGGUAUAUUGGCCCAAGUGGUAUUGGGACCUGACCCGGCCCCGCAAGGGCCACCCGCCUGGAUCGCUCGAUUUGACCGUCAGUAAGCGGAUAUCUCCCCUCCUUCUCCAGUUGUCGUGGCAAGGCUGGCCGCUCUUCCAUUCGCGCGAACAUGGGUGGGCGUUCCGGGUGCCGCGGUCCGUUGCCUACAAGCCUGCGCGGACGUCGACACCGCUAUACUUUGCUCACCAGGCGGAUGCGAAGUUGGGCGAUAUGGCCUGCGAAUUCGUGUUUUACAAGAUGCCGCACAAGGACGGAGAGGAGGCGAACGUAGGCAAUCCAUUAGGGAAGACGUUCAUGAAGUACGCGCAGGACGGAACGAUGACGAGCCCCAGCGACGCAGCCAAAGACGCGUUGGACAUGAACGGGCAAUGCAGCUACUGGAUCAGUGCGCGCGACCGGAUACUGAACCAGAUUGUGGUUUGGCAGGAUGCGAAGCGGGAGCUCGGAUUCCCGACGUCCGGUGAGGAUGAGAAGUGGGGCGUCAUUCUGCCGCAGAUGGUGACGAUGGGCACGGUGACGCGGCGGGCCAUGGAGCGCACGUGGCUGACGGCGUCGAACGCGAAGAAGAACCGGGUCGGGUCGGAGCUGAAGGCCAUGGUGCGCGCCCCGCCAGGAUACGCUAUCGUGGGCGCGGAUGUGGAUUCGGAGGAGCUGUGGAUCGCGAGCGUGCUCGGGGACGCGCAGUUUGGGAUGCAUGGCGCGACCGCGCUCGGGUGGAUGACACUCGAGGGCACGAAGGCGGCGGGAACGGACCUGCACUCAAAGACGGCGUCGAUCCUCGGCAUCUCGCGCGACCAGGCGAAGGUGUUCAACUACUCGCGCAUUUACGGUGCGGGCAUGCGACACGCGGUGCAGCUGCUGUUGCAGAACAGUGCCGGCAUGAGCGUGGAGAAGGCCCAGGAGCUCGCGACCGAGCUGUACGCGCGUACGAAGGGGAAGAACACGCACCGGAAGGACCUAUUCGGCCGCAAGUUCUGGUACGGCGGGACGGAGAGUGUGGUAUUCAACAAGCUCGAGGCGGUCGCGCUUGCAGACGUCCCUCAGACGCCCGCGCUCGGAUGUGGCGUGACGGAUGCGCUCACGAAGGCGUACCUCACCGAGGGCUUCGGGACGGACUACAUGACGAGUCGAAUCAACUGGGUCGUGCAGUCCUCCGGAGUGGAUUACCUGCAUAUGCUCAUCGUCGCGAUGGAGCACCUCAUGCGCGACUUCAACAUCCGUGCGCGGUACCUCAUCAGCGUCCAUGACGAGCUGCGGUACUUGGUCAAGGAGGAGGACAAGUAUCGCGCGGCGCUCGCGUUGCAGAUUGCGCACUUAUGGACGCGCACUAUGUUCGCAUACCGGCUCGGGUUGGAUGACCUCCCGCAGGGGGUGGCAUUCUUCAGCGCGGUGGACGUGGACAAGGUGCUGAGGAAGGAGGUGGACAUGCCGUGCGUGACGCCGAGCCAACCGAACCCGAUCCCGCCGGGAGAGAGCCUGAGCAUCGUGGACGUGCUGAAGAAGACGGACGGCGGGUCUCUAUACCCCGGGGGGCCAAUGCCGUCUCCGGAGGAAUGGGCAGACGAGAAUCGAGACUUGACGGUGCGGAUGAUCUUGAACGCCACCAAUUACGUCCCGCCGAAUACCAUGCAACACCGGGCGGAGAGCGCGUACUUCUUGCGCGCCCAAACAACGUCAGAGUUAGCAGAAGUGCGGAUGCUCGCGCGGCAGGCGCAGCGGCGAGCCGACCCGACGAAGUCGUCGUCGACCGGUAAACGGAAGGCGAGCCAGACUAGGAGGUCGGCGGGCGACAAGAAGGUGCUCUCGGUUGUGAACGUGCUGGAGGUGCCCGAGCUGGUGGACUUGACGGAGCGGUAUUUGGCGUGGCAGGGGGAACACCGGGUGUAA